CACACGACGUUCGAAGGAAAACCGCAAGUUCAUCUUUAUCAUAAAUCAGAACGGACGUAGAUCCAGCGUGCUGUAGAUAGUGCGAUGUAGUGCCGGACAAGUUGUAUGGUGUCAUGGUGUAAAUCGUUGUGAUGUAUGAUGAACUGGGUGUGCUGUUGCAGACUGUUUAGAGGAUGGAAGCGUCGAGAAAUAUGAAUGGAGAGCUAUUCCAACUGCCAAAUGUAUUUUUUAAGAUAGUUAUUUUAAUAUUCACAUAUCACGUGAUGUGUGUAGAGAAUGAAAAUGGAUUCUGCGAAAUAAAUUUAUUUGAAAAAAAUAAAACAUCGCUGGAAUUUACGAAAGAAAUCAACACGUUCGAUUACGUUGUAAUUGAGCGCUACAAAAGUUUGUCCUGUUGUGCAAAAGGCUAUAACACGAUCGAAUGGUAUAAAGAUGAUCGUAUAAUUUCAGAUGGUAACAAAAAUGUUACUUUUCAUGAACUAAGGGAAAAAAAUCAGACACUGAUUUCAACUCGAGUUACAGAUAUGGACAACGGUACUUACACCUGCAAAGUUUCCAAUGGCAUUAACGAAAUUCAGCGUAAAAUUCAGUUGAAGGUUAUGCCUGAAAUAAAAUACAUGGGCCCUGCUUUGGUCACUUACAUAACAGAACCUUAUCAAUAUGCACAGAUAGGAGAAACAGCAAGAUUUUUCUGUGAAGGAUUUAUAGGCUAUGGGAAGAAAUAUGACAGCCAAGUUACCUGGGUGAUGGAUAAAACACUUACAUUUCCAGCCACACCUGAUAGACGUAGAUAUGCAAAGCAAGUUACUAGGGAUGAUGGUCUAAUAAUUGGAGAGUACCUGAUUUUUAAAACUGUAACUAAAGAAGAUUUUGCCACAUAUAAAUGUACAAUAAGUAAUGGACAUAAUCCAAAAGUGUUCAAUGUGACACUCAUAGAAGGUGAUAGUCCUACAGUGAAAGUUCUCACAUCGUACAAUGCUGCCAUCAUCAUUAUGGUAGUGUUCACAUGUACAGUUGUUGUACUGAUUACUGCAUACACAAGAUGGCACCUUGAGCUCUGUCUGUUUUGGAAGGACCGCUUUGGAAAACUUGAAGAUGAUAACAAGGAAUAUGACGUUUUUGUAUGCUAUGACCAGACAGAUGCAGAGUUUGCUCUUGGAGUGUUAGUUCACACCCUAGAAAACGUUUACCAUUAUCAUUGUUUUGUCUAUGAACGAGACAGUGUGGCUGGAGACUGGAUUCCAGAAAUAUAUACAAUGAAGAUCCGGUCAAGCAGACGUUUUCUAAUGAUUAUCUCACCAGCAUUGGCUGUUAAUAGUUGGUGCACAUAUGCUUUGUAUGUAGCAAUUGAAGCAAUGCUGAAUCUCCAUUCUAAAAUCAUCUGUGUUGUACUUCAGGACAUUUCCUGGAAGAAUUUUAAACCAGCCAGUGAGACCAGUGAUCACACAUUGCAGCAAGUACUGAGAGUUGUGAAAAAAGUUCAGUGGGAACCUGCAGUGACAGAAAGGCAGCAUCUCUCUGUGCUGAAAAUGUGUACUUCCCAGAGGCAUAUGCCACGCGCGUUGAAAUUAUCAGGGUCAAACUGUGGAAAUUCGGAGGAAUCCCUGUCAAGUGUCGUCCUUGAUGGAUCCAAUGAGAAUAUAAUUGAUUCUAUUACACAUAAAGAUAGCGAAAUAGAUCUAGGUUCUAAAAGAUUCUGGAUAUCGUUACGAAUAAAUCUGCCACCAAAGAGACCCAUAGAUGUGAAGGCAGUCUGUUGAAAUUCUUAAACAUUCAAACCCUAACUGAGGAUCAAAUGAAUCAUACUUACAAGCUAAAAUAAUGCCAAAGUUUCUGUUACAUUUUAUAUCUGAAUUGUAAUAGUAAACAUUUUCAGAACAGGAAACAAAGUACAAAUUAGAUGACUGAAAAAAAUGUUUAUUUGUAUAUCUUGUUCUUCAUUCCAGUUAUAAGGAUUUAAUUAUUUAAUUUAUGUUGUAAUUAUUCAUAUUUCAGAUUUAAUUGUUAUAAUUCUUUCUGUGGUGGCACAGUACAGAAGAAAACAUAUAAUUUUACAGAUCUAAACAGUAAUAAAUCACAGAAACCAUUUUCUA